AUGGUUUCUGAGCCCGUGGAAGCAUCGAACUGCCCGCCACACUGUGGAGGGGAGCGAUGCUCCAAAGAAUGUCAGCCUCCAGGUGGCUGCAAGAUGGACUGCUCUGCCGAAGGUGAGACAGAGAAGCCCCAGAUUGCUUUGCCUCCCGAGGCUGAUGCGAAGAAGGCAGAAGGAAAUACUGCUUUCCAGGCCAAGCAAUUCGAGGAUGCGGCACGCCUAUAUGCGGAGGCUAUCGCCAUAGCUGAGGCUGCCGGUGCUGAUGUCCCUGGUGUCUACUACUCGAAUCGGGCAGUUUGCCUGGCAUCUCUUCAAGACUGGGAAGGCACCAGGGCCGAUGCUGCAAAGGCGCUGGCGCGAGCGCCUGAUCUGUCUGCAGCUGCCAUGAAGAAGGCUCUUUUCCAGAAAGCUCGGGCAGAGGUCCGGCUGCAGCUUCGAGGCGAAUGCGAGGCGACCCUUUGCCUCGCAGACAAGCUUGGAGUACGUGGUGAGGUAGAACGCCUUCUGGCAAGUGCGGUGCCAACAGAGCCCACGCCCGCACCGCGCGCAGCGCCUGCGGCGUCUGCGGCGCCCGCAGCGUCUGCGGCGCCCGCAGCUGCUGCGGCGCCCGCAGCUCCUGCGCCGUCUGCGGCAUCCGCGGCGCCGAAGGAGGUGCAGGAGGCUGCCGCUCCAGUUGCGGAGGCCCUGCGAGCGAAGGAGGCCGGGACGGCACAGUACAAGGAAGGAAACUACCGUGGAGCCUUGACAGAGUACCGCAGGGCUCUGGACCUGGCUGGUGAAGAUGUGGGACUGCGGGCGCAGUUGUUGGGCAACGUGGCAGCGGCGUGCCUGAUGCUCAAGCGAUCCGCCGACUGUGCUGAAGCCUGCACUGAGUGCCUUGCACUCGACCCCUCCAAUGCGAAGGUUCGCGCUCGACUAGCUUCCGCACAGGUGGCCAGUGGCAGCUUCGACGCUGCCCGAUCCACACUGGGCGAUGUGGGGGACGAUGCAGUGCUGGUUAACGCGCUGAAGCAAGUAGGUAGUGCGCAGUCAACUCUCGCGGAGGCGGACCAGGCGCUUGCAAGUGGCGAACCUGCGAAGGCUCUCAACAUGUAUGCCAACUUGGAGUCAACGGUUCUUUUCGAUUUUCCACCGCUGACCCUGAAGAUGGCACACUGCUACUUGGAGCUCAAGCAAUAUCCGCGUGUUUUGAACACCACGCAGCAAAUCCUGCGCACCAAUCCGCGAAACACGAAUGCCUUAGUCCUCCGGACCCAGGCAGGACUUGUUGGAGUCGGUAUCGGUUUCAAUGGUGUGCAUGUGCUGUGCAAGGCACGGAUGCGCUUCAACAUGAAGCAGCCCCUGCUCUUCAACAGCGAAGAAAGCCAGUCAUCUGUCCGAUGUAAGCGCACCGUCUCCCUCAUCGAUCCAAGCAGUGCGAGCGCGGCACACCAAAAGUGCAAGAAAUGCGGCAAGCCGCAGUUCGCAAGUCUGCUGUUUCUCGGCCUUUGUGACGACUGUACGAAGUCGACUCCGCAGCAGUGUGCAUGUUGCGAAGCAAAGUUGCGUGGGCAGAAGUAUGGUGGAUCCGGCCUAUGUGACAAGUGUUACAACAGAUUGCCGCAGUGCAAAGGAUGUGCCAGGAGAUUGAAGAUGACUGAGAUGAAAUUCAAGACCGGCCUCUGCGAUGACUGCUGGGCUAGUUGCAAGAGAGCGUGCUUGAUGUGCGGCGGGACGAUCUCUCUCGGCGAGACUGGCUGGAAGACCGCCAUGUGCAAAGACUGCUCAAGCGGCCAGGAGGUCCACUGCAAAAAGUGUAGCAAGACGAUCUCGCUUGAGGAGAUUGGCUGGCGCACAGGAGUUUGCAACGAAUGCUAUGACAACAUCGGCGGAUGCCGUGCUGCUGUUUCUAGGAAGCGUCCCCACAUCCGUUUGUGCGAUGCCUGCUAUGCGAAGUACAAUACAACUUGUGUUCGCUGCAACGAGAACAUUCCGGAUGAUGAGCUGAGAUACACUUCAGGCCUGUGCGACUUCUGCUACAAGGAUUGUGACAAGAAGUGCACUUGUUGCAAGAAGAAGAUUCCCUUGAAGCAGCUGCGCUGGGGAUCCGGACUCUGUGAUGCCUGCUAUAACAAGCCCGGCAUGGAGUGCCGGAUGUGCAAAAGAGCCAUUAGCACUGAACAGACCCACUUCCAUGGCGUGAGACUUUGCGAAGGAUGCUUCGAAUCUUUGACAGACGGCGAGAGCACUUGCAGCAAGUGUGGCGAGCGGAAGAUCUCGGUGGGAGAUCCCUACUGGGCAGCGGGGAUGUGCCAAUCCUGCUGGGAAGCGCCGUCGCCAGAAGAGAUGUCAAGGGUGAUGGGGGGCAAGGCAAGACGAUCGAGGGCAAACUCCUUUGACCAGCUUCCCAUCUACUAUCGCGCGAGGGCGAGAGCAGGUCGCAGCAUGACGUUCUACAGCGCCAAGUCCAUGUCGCUGCUAAGUGACGCAGAGCGAGCUGCGGACCUGCGGGCAAUCCGACAGGCCCAGGCACCCUGCCAGCUUUGGCUGCUCUUCUUCUCCCUUGGGGUGAGCGGCUGGUGGGCCUCCAAUGCGAUCUUCGCAUCGUUGCCCCUGUUUGUCGACAAGCUGGCUGAAGGGCCUGGAACUGCAAGCAUCGUGAAUGCUAGCACGCAAGUGGGUGCCGUCUUUUCCAUCAUCUACCAUGUCAUCGCCUACAACCACGACUUGGACCUGAAGGCCAGCGUCUCCGCGAGCAUUGAGAAGAUGAGCGAGCAGCGCCGGCUCUUCAAGCAGGACCAGCAGCGAAAGAAGGCGGCAGCGAACGCCGCAGCUGCAAUUCACAUGGGCCAAGUUGCAGCGGUGAUGGCGCUGGCAGCUUUCGUGCUCCUGUGGCUGUGCCACAAGUGCACGGCUGAGCUCGUUUUGCUCUCGGCCGCUGCAGGUGCUGUGGGCAAUGUCGGCGAUCUGACUGCGUGGCCAAUAGCACUUCAGCAUCCCAGCCGAUAUGCAGCCGCGAUUCAAAUCGGCGGUUCCUUCAGCGGAGUGCUGCCCAACUUGAUUGAGGCGACUAUCGGCAGGUUUGGAAUCAUGCUCUAUUUCAGCAUCAUCUUGAUCUUGCAGAUGGGACUGUGGGUCAUCAUCAGUGCCAAAGAUGUGGCCGGCGUGUUUUCAUGCAGAUCGUUUUUCUUUGCAGAGAAGGCCAAAUGCAACUGCGCGGGUUGCGAUGGCUGUACCUUGUUUUCCGCUGGCCAAAGUGUCAGCGGUGGGGUAAACGGUGUGACGCACCGACAAGUCAAAGAUCUGAAGCCGGUCGAGGAGUUGGCGUGCGCUACGUCAACGUCUUCAAUGGGCGAACUCGCCCAGAGGUCUGCAGAACACGUCUGCUAUUCCCUCAGAGGAUUUUACAAUGCGCUUCAGGGCGACCAAGAUGCAUAUGCAGACGGUCGCAGCAUUGUUGCCUUCUACACCGGCGGCUCCUUCGUGGCGAGGGCAAUGUGCUACAGCAUUCCCUCUUUGCUGCCGUUCAUUGCCAAUCCAUUUGGGCUUCAGAAGCAGCAGCUAUACGAGAGCAUGAACACGAUGUACAAUCUCGGGAACGUGAUUGGUCGUCUGCUGUGCCAGUGGUACAAGCCACACAGUUUCGGGCUAGUUUGCAGCUUUGUUUUGGUCUUCGUGACCUUUGUUUCUCUGGUGCUGUGUUCAGUGUUUCCUCACCGUGUGGUGAGCAUGGUACCAGCAGUGGUGGCCAUGUGGGUCCUUCCGAUCACAGUGGGGAUCUUCAACUUCUCUGUUGGUCUCAUGUCCACUGGCUUGUUUGUCGCGGCACACGAAGACGCACAAAGCAAGAAGUGCCCAGACACGAUCCAAGCGACCAUGGGCUUCUAUGGCCAGAUCGGCUGCGUCAGUGGCAACAUUCUGAUCUUCCUGAUCAUCAACGUUUUCCAUUUGCUGUAG